AACUGCCCCCUAGGUUCUAUUACCUCGACAUUCUGAGGUGAUGGAACCUAUAUCAGUACCUCAUGCUAGUACAUCGGCUUAAUCCGAGAUCAUCAUCGUAGGCCGAUAUGUCUUUUUAAAGAUCAAGAAUUCCAAGAGCUCCUUCACGCGUAUAAGCUGUCAUACAUAACAGCUCAACCGUUUAGCCACAUGUUUUCUCUUUACUAGAUCGUACUCCGGACGCGCUUAUAAGUCGUUUCGCGUCUACAUGCGCCGUCUGACGCAUUCGCUGUUCCAGGCGCAUUAAAUGCCUUCUUUUGUUGCCAUUUCAAGUUUUUGACAAAACUUCUUUCCCCCUUUCGUUUUUUUUUCAAUUUACAUUGCUUUUAUUCAGAACUCUUUCUCUCUCUAGCUUCCUCUAAUCCUCUAUUUUUGCAAGCUCUAAAGCUCUGCAACUUGCUCCAUCCAUUUCUUUCGUCAAAGUUCUUGCCAAUCUGUUCCACUGCCGUCGUUCUUCUGACUUUGGCGAUCUCAAGCAUCGGCUUCUUUUCUCUAGUAAGUCACCACUCCUCCUGUUUUUUAGUUCUUGUUGUGUUCCAUGAAAUUCUGUUUCAUCAUUUAGUCGCCAUUGCUGUUUUACUCGAAUAUUUGAUUUGCGAAUCAUGUAUCUAAACAUGUUUAUUUCAUAAUUUUGCUCUUUGUCCAUGUCUUGAACACUCGCAUUGUUCACAUGCCUAUUGCUUUCUGCCACUGUUCUUGGCCUAAUACAUUUGUGCAAUAUUUUUGUCUUGAUUUCUUGAUGUCUUCAUCACCAUUCUUGUUUCUGAAACGGAUCCCUGUUUUUCUAUUUUCCAGAUUCAUUCCUUCAGUCUUCAUCUCCAUAGCUUUAGGUUUGGGACUUGUUUGUGGAACCCACAAUCUUUAGGAAAAACUGAAACGAAUUCCUUCUAGAUCUAUACAAACCCUUAUCAUAGCAUAUUUGUAGAUUUUUAGCCGAGGUCCUUUAAACCCUCAAAAAAUACUUCUUCUUGAAAUCCAAUAUCUCCAUUUUAAGCCGACGUCAUGGGUAUGUGGGAACAUAGGAUAAACACCCCGGAAAAAUUAGAGUACUUUAGGCAGGAGUUCGAAAUCCCGGCUGACGUUCAUCUGAGGUUGGCUGGGGAGGAUGACUCUAUCAUGCCUGAUGAAAACCUCAUGCCUUUCUCAGUGGUUGCGUUUAUUGAGUGUGGACUUAGGUUUCCACUUGAUCCUUUUUUUCCGUCAAAUCCUUUAUUUCUAUAAGUUGAACCCAAUGUAACUUGCCAUCAACUCUUACCGAGUUAUUAACGGUACCAUAGCUUUAGCCAAACAAGAAAGUGUUAGGAUGACUCUUGUCGAUUUCCAGUACUAUUAUAUCAUGUGUCGCCUAAAAUCGGAAAAAUGUCACAUUUAUUACCUUAAGUCGAGGUCCACUGAAUACAAAAUCAUUGCCGACCUCCCUGACUCCAACAAGGGAGCGGGGGAUGAUUACUUCAUCGUCUCGGGAAACUGUGAGUUUCAGCCAAACGAUGACCUUCAUCUUUAUCCCCUUGGUCGAACAAUUUUCGGGGAAGAAGCUGGUAAGGGCCACCCUUCACAAAUUUUCUUGCUUUCUUGUAUAAAGUGUUCAACAUUUUUUUCUAAUGUGUAUGCUUUUUUCUUCUUUGCAGUUCUUCCUCAGCCACCAAAGGGCUUCCGUCAGUUUAUUUUCCCCAGCAAAGAUUUAAAGAAACUAUUGAAUUUACCAGUUCACAAGCGGAAAACCCCUCUGCUUCUCAACUUUAUCCCCACUUACAAGUCAGCUCUCUCCGACAUCCCAAAAAAGAAGAAGAAAAGUCUUUCUCCACCAUCUGCCACAACUCCACAAGUUGCGUCCACAUCUCGGACAGACCAAAGAUUAACUUCUGAUCCAGCUGAGCAACCUUCAACCUCGGUCCAUACCUGAUUUCGAUAUCCCAGCGCCGUCACCAACAUCGAACAAUUUUUCUUGCCGAGAUGGGCCGUCAAAGAGCCGUUGCAAAAGAUCUCCUGGCCAAUAUCCCCUCUGAUGUCGACGCUCAGCCAACACAAACCCAGCCUCUACCAAAACAGAAAAGAAUCAAAAGCUUGUCGAUUUCUAAAUUGCAUGAAAGCGACAAGUCCCAAUCCGCUGCUGAGAAGAGGCGUUCUGAGGCCCAGCCAUCCGAAUCCCCAAAAUCAAAGAAACCGAGGUCAUCCUCUGCAACGACCUCGGGGUCUAAAAAACAUGAUGCCCCCUGGGCCCCCAAAAUUACCUUGGAAGAUAACCCAGUCAUGGCCAAUGAUAGCGCUGAGGACAUCAACGUCGGCGUAGCCCUCAGUACUGCUCUGCUUCUCCUUGGCGAUCUUGACCGAAACGCCGAGUUGAGCGAGUAUGAAAAUUACGCUCUGAUGCUUCAGUGUUCUGUUCAACCAUCCAGCACGCCCAUUCUUUCUCAGUUCAAUCUUUUGAGAACCGGGAGAGGUUUGCCGAGAUGAAGAGGGAGGUCUCCAGUUUUCAAAAAGCCAACAAAAGUUUACAAUAAAAAAUGAAGAAGCUGGAAGACCAAGC